UGACCGUGGCCACAGAGUAUAUUAUUCAUUCACAGCUGUUUAUGACAGUUUCAUGUAAACAGAGUAUAAUUUUAUUGUCAAAAAUCUUGCUUCCUGCGCCGAUUUCGCAAAAUUUUCAUUCUAUUUCAUCUUCUUGUACCUAAUUCUUCCCUACGUGUGCAAAACUCACACACAAUACAAAAUGAUUGCAAAAAGUUUAAGCAAUUUAACCAUCAGGAAUUUAAUUCUGGGCAAUGGACCCAGUUGCCGCAGUUUCUCCGUCACAACAGCGCGACGAGAGAUUAUUAAAAUUCAGAGCGCUGAAGAUUUCAAGCAAAAAGUGAUCAACAGCAAAGUCCCUGUCGUCGUUGACUUUUUUGCAACAUGGUGCAAUCCUUGCAGGCUUUUAACCCCUAGAAUUGAAUCUAUUAUCAAUGAGAACAAGGGUAAGAUUGUACUUGCUAAAGUCGAUAUUGAUGAACAAACUGACCUAGCAUUGGAUUAUGAAGUGAACUCUGUACCGGUGCUGGUUGUCAUAAAGAAUGGUAAACAAGUUCAGCGCCUAGUUGGACUUCAAGACACGGACAAACUUCGCAAAUGGGUGGAAGGAGUUACCACAGAAGUUUCUGAAGCUGAAGCCAAAGCUUAAACAUUUGCUUUUUAAUUCUAUAUAUUAAUUUGUUGCCUGGUACAUAAUGAUAUUGUAGUUACAUAAAAGACGUUAAAAAACAGCACAUUGGCUUAUGAAAUUAUUUAUUCCUGUAAACAUUGAAUUAAAUCUCUAGCUCUUU